AUGAUUGUCAACAAGAGAUUAACUUCAGCUUGGGAGUAUCUUGUGGUAAAUACUUACGAUGUCCACUUUUAUGCUAGUGAUACGUUAAAUCGCGAAGAUGCUAGCUUAGUAACAGCGUUUAUGGACGGGACGAAAAUAAAGAAGAAAGCGGCUAAUCGUAUCCCUCACGAUUUGGGAACACCACAUGAGGAACCUUGGGCGGAGAUUAACCAGUAUAAUAUACAUGAUACAGCGAACUGGCGCGACCUAAAUUUAAAAUUCGUUAUUUCUUGCUGGAGGGACUACAAGCUUAUUGUUGAGAAGUGUGAUACGUUCAAUCGCGAAGAUGCGAGCUUAGUGACAGCAUUUAUGGACGGGACGAAAAUCAAGAAGAAAGCGGCUGAUCGUAUCCCUCAUGAUUUGGGAACACCACAUGAGGAACCUUGGGCGGAGAUUAACCAGUAUAAUAUACAUGAUACAGCAAACUGGCGCGACCUAAACUUAAAAUUCGUGAUUUCUUGCUGGAGGGACUACAAGCUUAUUGUUGAGAAGUGUUACGAUCGAGACAAUGCAAGAAAGGUUCUUGACUAUUUCUACAAAUUGAGCAAAAAGACAAUUCGUAACGCUUUAAACGACUGGGAUAGAGAUCAUGAUGGAAUGAUUGAAAAUUCUGGAACCCCUGAUCAAACAUAUGAUGCUUGGACAAUGAAAGGAACAAGUGCAUACUGUGGCUCUCUUUGGCUAUGCGCAUUGAGCUCGACCAUAAGUAUGGCGAAUGAACUCGGAAGUAAAAGUUCUAUGAACUUUCUGGAAGAAAUUCUGGAGAAAGCAAAAGAUGCGUUCUUGACAAAAUUAUGGAAUGGCAGGUAUUUUAAUCUUGAUGAAUGUUCGUCCAACAAAGGUAUAAUCAUGGCUGAUCAACUCUGUGGAAUUUCGUACCUUACAAUGAUGAGAGAGGAUGAA